AUGGUCGCUCCAACUGCUUUGAAGAAAAGUGACGUUUCUGAGGGCACUGUGCCUGUUACAACAACUUCUCGUAUUGUUGGUGUUGAUAACACUGAAAAGAUCGAUGAAGACGAUGAUGAUGCUGAUGUACUAAUAGAUCAGGACGGUGAUGCUAUGCUUGUUGAUGAGGAAAAUAACGAGGAAUCUAACAAGAAGAAAGAAGACGCAGGUGUAGUGCUAGAUGCCGAAGGGAAACCAAGAUUCACUAGUGCUGCUAGCUCUGCUCAAACCAAAGUGAAACUAGAAAGCAGAAAAGUUUCUGUCCCACCACAUAGAAUGACGCCUCUUAAAAACAACUGGUCCAAGAUUUACCCACCAUUAGUCGACCAUUUAAAACUACAAGUUAGAAUGAACUUAAAGACCAAGUCUGUCGAAUUAAGAACCCAUCCAAAGCAUACCACAGAUCCAGGUGCUCUACAGAAAGGUGCAGAUUUCAUCAAAGCAUUUACUCUCGGUUUCGAUUUGGAUGACUCCAUUGCUUUGUUGAGAUUAGACGAUUUAUAUAUCGAAACAUUUGAAAUCAAAGACGUUAAGACUUUGCAAGGUGACCAUCUAUCAAGAGCAAUUGGUCGUAUUGCUGGUAAAGAUGGAAAGACCAAGUUUGCUAUUGAGAAUGCCACCAGAACGAGAAUUGUCUUGGCCGACUCUAAGAUCCACAUCUUAGGUGGGUUCACACAUAUCAGAAUGGCAAGAGAAUCUGUUGUGUCCCUUAUUUUGGGUUCUCCACCCGGUAAGGUUUAUGGUAACUUGCGUACUGUCGCAUCAAGACUAAAAGAACGCUACUAA